ACCAAACAUCACACCUUUCCAAAUCAGUUACGUUUGCAGGGGGCAACUCAUCUUCCUAAUUUCAGAAACCCUAGCAAUGGCGAACUCAACAGACCCCAAGAUGAAGCUGAUACAGAACCUAAUAUGGUACGCCGCUAGCGCUGCCGUUAGUUGCUGGCUACUCCUUGCAGGCGUCCGUCAUAUCGAGAACAAUCGCGAAGAAAACAAACGAACCAUUGAACAUCGCAAACAGCUUUUCAAACGAUUAGGUCGCCCCUUAAUCCACACCACUCCGUACGAGGAUAUGAUAGCUUGUGAUGUUGUGAAUCCAGACCACAUAGAUGUGGAGUUUGAAUCAAUCGGAGGAUUGGAGAGUACGAAACAGUCAUUGUAUGAAUUGGCAAUACUUCCUUUACGUAGGCCUGAGUUGUUCGCUAAUGGGAGGCUUCUUAGUCCGCAAAAAGGCGUUUUGUUGUUCGGACCACCUGGAACCGGGAAGACGAUGCUGGCUAAAGCUAUCGCGAAGGAGUCUGGAGCGGUUUUUAUUAAUGUUAGGGUUUCUAAUUUGAUGAGCAAGUGGUUUGGUGAUGCUCAGAAACUUGUUUCAGCUGUUUUUAGUCUGGCUUAUAAACUUCAGCCGGCGAUUAUUUUCAUUGACGAGGUUGAUAGUUUCCUUGGGCAGCGUCGUUCGUCAGAUAAUGAAGUUUUAACCAAUAUGAAAACCGAAUUCAUGACAUUGUGGGAUGGAUUCACUACCGACCAGAAUGCUCGGGUGAUGGUGCUUGCAGCAACUAAUCGGCCGUCGGAUCUUGAUGAGGCAAUACUUAGACGACUUCCUAUGGCUUUCGAAAUCGGAAAACCUGGAAAGAGUGAUAGAACAAAGAUAUUGAAAGUGACAUUAAAAGGAGAAAGAAUUGAUGAAAAUAUUGAUUUUGAUUAUAUAUCUAGUUUAUGCGGAGGUUUCACCGGUUCUGAUAUUGUCGAGCUUUGCAAGCAAGCUGCCUAUUUUCCGUUAAAGGAGUUCUUACAAGACGAGAAAGAUGGAAAACAAACUUUAGAACCAAGACCGUUGUCUCAGAUUGACCUAGAAAAAGCUGUUGAUGCAACAAGAAAAGCAAAGAUUCCAACAUAUGUAGCUGGCGGGUCAACCUAUUGGUCGCCACGUGUUGACCCUGUUGAUAAUUUGGAUUUCUGAAGCUGAAGGAGAAGGCUAACAGCUUUGUGUGAAGUUACUUGUGGUUCUGGAUAUCAAACGUCGUACUCGUAUGUUCAUUUCCACAACUUAUACUGAUUCUUUUAAAACAACUGUUGUAUAGUAAUUAUUAAGUUAGUUAGUAACUAACUACCACUUGGUAGUCAAGUAUAAUAAAUUUUCUUACUGAUACAAUUUCUGGUAUAACUGUAUUUGUUUGUUACAUCUUAGCUCUUUUUUCAAGUGGAAGUGGACUUAAUAUCC